ACAACUGUAACCAGAACAUUUUUUUGUGGAGUUUCUACAUUCCAUAUUUGACUGGCUCAGCUAUGGGAGCAGAGGGUUCAUCGUUGGGUUUUUGGAACGUUCUCGAGGACUUGAAAAGCAGAUGUAAUUCUUGGCUGGUCUGGGACCGUGUGUCGAAAUUCCAGUUAGAUUGUGUCCAGGUUUGCUGCAACAUUGCUGACAUUUUGGAUUCCUAUGGGGUAACUGAGUGGACAACAUGGACUUUGAAACAGAGCAACUACUAGGUGGAGAUUUCCUCUCGUUUAGUCACAAUCAGCUCAGAACUGCAUUAUCAGUGACACUGCUUUAAUUCACUGCAAUCUCUAUGUAAAAAGUUGCUCAGUUCUCAAUUUCUUUGACACAACUAGUCUUGUUAACACUUGCCCUCAUGGCUUCUGGGCCUUGCCCCCUGACCGGAGCAGAGAGAGCUAUGUGUAGACUGGUCCACUGUGGACCUCGACCUCAAGCUAUGCUAAGGCCGUUACACUUGGAGCUACAGGUGUAUGUGGCCAAAACACGAACCAAGCAAAAACACAGGAUGGAGGCCUCUUGUUUGGAGUUGGCCUUGGAAGGAGAGCGUCUGUGCAAAGCUGGGGACUUUAAAGGGGGAACAGCGUUUUUUGAGGCAGCCGUACAGGUCGGCACAGAAGACCUGAAGACCCUCAGUGCCAUCUACAGCCAGCUGGGCAAUGCCUACUUCUACCUCAAAGAGUAUGGCAAAGCCCUGGAAUACCACAAACAUGACCUGACUUUGGCCAGAACAAUAGGAGACAGAAUUGGAGAAGGAAAAGCCAGUGGCAACCUUGGCAACACAUUGAAAGUGUUGGGGCGCUUUGAUGAAGCUGUUGUGUGCUGUCAAAGACACCUGGAUAUUUCUCAAGAGCAGGGAGACAAGGUUGGAGAGGCCAGAGCACUGUAUAACAUAGGGAACGUGUUUCAUGCCAAGGGCAAACAGCAGUUAUGGGGCUGCAGCCAGGAACCAGGGGACCUGCCUCCUGAUGUCAGAGACACACUGCAAAGGGCUACUGACUUUUAUGAGAUGAACUUGUGUCUGGUGAAAGAACUUGGAGACCGAGCUGCUCAGGGGAGGGCCUACGGGAACCUGGGCAACACCCACUAUCUGCUGGGAAACUUUGUCGAAGCUAUCAAGUUUCACCGGCAGCGAUUAUCCAUAGCCAAAGAAUUUGGGGACAAAGCAGCAGAACGGCGAGCCUACAGUAACCUAGGCAAUGCCCUGAUAUUCUUGGGCCAGUUCAACACAGCCACUGAAUACUACAGGAAAACUUUGCAGCUUUCCAGGCAGCUGAGGGACCAGGUGAUGGAGGCGCAGGCCUGUUAUAGCCUUGGAAACACUUACACUCUUUUGCAGCAGUAUGAGAGGGCCAUAGACUACCACCUGAAACAUCUCUACAUAGCCCAGGAGCUUACUGAUAGAGUUGGAGAGGGCCGUGCCUGCUGGAGUCUGGGAAAUGCAUACGUGUCUUUAGGGAACCACAAACAAGCUUUCCACUAUGCCCGAAAGCACCUGGAUAUCUCUAAAGAAAUUGGAGACAGAAAUGGGGAACUGACAGCCAGAAUGAAUGUGGAGCAGCUGAUGGAUGCUCUGGGGGUCAAUGAGAGCGACCUUUCACCCUCCAGUUCAGAGUUUGAGAUGCAAGGAGCAAGACCCAAAUUCACCAAGAGAAACAGCAUGGACAGCGUUGAAUUGUGGAAGUACUCUUCAGAUAAGAAUGGUGAGAACCAAGACUUGGAAAGUAUACCCAGGGGAUCCAAAAGUCAGCUGUCACAGCCCGGCAAAAGAAAAGGCUAUCCUGACAGCCAGUCAUCAGAUGAAAGGCCAUGGUUGGACUCUCCUGUAGACACUGAUGACAUCACUGUGCAAGUCCCGCCUCCAGUGCCAAAGCUGGGCCGUGACCCCUCCGAUGAAGACUGCUUUUUCGACCUCCUUAGCAAGUUUCAAAGCAGCCGCAUGGAUGACCAGCGCUGCCAUCUUGAUGAUCCACAGAAUGGAGACAACGGAGAAGGUGCUGCGAACUCCGUGCCAUCCCUGAACGAGUUGAUAGAUCCUGCAAUUACCACUUCUCCCCAGACUGAGGAGCUGUUUGAUUUGAUUGCUAGCUCCCAGAGCCGCCGUCUCGAUGACCAGCGGGUUAAUGUUGGUAACCUUCCAGGCCUGAGGAUUACCCAAAACAAUCUGGGACACCUAGUGGGUGAGGGAGAACAUCAAGAACCUAGUGAUGACUUCUUCAACAUGCUUAUCAAGUGCCAGUCCUCUAGGAUUGAUGAUCAGCGGUGCUCCCCACCAGAAGCAGGCCCCCACGCUCCCACAGUGCCUGAUGAAGACUUCUUCAGUCUGAUACAGCGGGUACAGGCCAAGCGUAUGGACGAGCAGCGUGUCCAUCUGCCCUCAGACGACCAGGACGACCCUCCGUCCCCUGAUCCAGAGCCACCUGGUGGUUUUUCCAGCUAGGACUCGGUGAAUAAUGCUGCAUAAUCUAAUGUCAAAGAAAAUAAAAGCAACAGAAAGGAAUUAGGGAUGAGCCAACAUUUAAAGACGGCACUGAAGAGUGAACUAACAAGUUUUUAAUAACAAGACAAAUCCCAUGUGCAAUAGGUGGUGCCCUGUCAAAUGUUGCUCAAUGUACUUUGUUCUAAAUGUGUGAUAAUAUAAUGGGACAACAGAAUUUAAGCUCGGCGGUGUGGAGAAGAAGACAAUAUGUUUAGGGCAACAUGAAACAAAUAGGAAAUCAGUCCUCAAUAAUGCCUUAAUCAA